GUUGCCUGGUAACGCUACCAGCCUACCCGCUCGCCUGCCAGCCGGCUAGCUCGCCAGCCGUGCUCCCUCUCGCCGAGCGUCCAGUCGCGGCACAACACUCGGGGGGUAUUGAUCGGACAAAGGACCUUCCGGCCGUCUUUCUGUCUGCCUGACCGGCCAGUCCCCAACUGACCGUGGCAGCGAUCGCAGCUGAACAGCAAACCGAGAAGACAGUGACAGCGUGUACACGGUCGUCGUCGUUCGCAAAUCCUCUGCGCAGCUGCUAGAGAGACGUACUGUCCGGUGGCGAAAAGUAUCCCGUACUUCCGCUGACACCGGUAGCAGGUGAGGAGCUGCCAGCAUCACCACAGCCGCGGAAGUAACGACGCCGGCGUGGACGAACAACAGGACUCGCGCACGCCGUCUCCAGCAGCAGUCAGCAGUGUGACGCGUACUCAUGUAAAGUUUCGUGUGUCGACCGACGCGUGUUGCCACUGCAAGAAGUAAACAUUGUUGCCUGCAGAGGUAUAUAUCUUUGUUAUUAACUCGACAAGAGUAUAUCAGCAGCAGACAGAUUUGAAAUUAUUGUCGUGUUUUAGCGAGUGGCUCACUCUUCGUGUGACUGUGUUGUUGUUGUUGUUCUCGUUUGUCGUCCUAGGCACAAGUAACACUGUGUGCCGGCAGUGAUAUCGUGGCGGCGUGGCGCAUCGCCAUGGCGAGCGCGAAGACUGCGCCGUCGCUAGUGCCUGUUAAAAGGCCCAUUCGCCAGCUGUCUGUGCUGGAGAAGCUAGAGGCGAUCGAGCGUGUGCACAAUGGGGAGUCGAAGGCUUCUGUGGCACGCGACAUCGGUGUGCCCGAGUCGACACUGCGAGGCUGGUGCAAAAGCGAAGACAAGCUGCGUAACGUAGCGCAGUCCUGUGGAGGUGGUGGUGGAACGCCGGACUCUCAACAUUCGGGCGGUGCCGCAGAAUUAGCAGAACUUGACGCACUUGUGGAACAAGGAACCUCCGGUGAUCAUCCAGCCAUUAAACGAAUGAGGACGGCGUCCGAUGACGAGAAGGCUUCUGUCGCUGCCGUCGCCGCCGCUUCCGAUAUAGAGGAUUCUUUGUGGUACUGGCUGAAACAGGACCACCAGCAUGUGAGUAAUCAGCUGUUCGCAGUGGCAGCGGCGGACAAGCUGGCAGCAGCAGCGGCCGCUGGGGCGGCAGUAGCGGCCGUCGCCAACGGCGGAAGCGGAGGCGGCGUCGCCGGGGGAGCAGCGUCUGCGGCGGCACCGGCCAACGCCGGAUGGUUCUGGCGUUGGUAUAAGCGAUACGGCUACACGCAAUAUCCCGGUGAUCCGUUGGCGGCUCUUACAGCCGCUCCCGCACCGGACCUCAGGGCUGCGGGGGCGGCGCUAAACGGUGGUGGGGGAGGCACGGCCUCCAGGUCAGCGGCGCUUCUCGACAGCGUGCUUCUCAAUAACAACAAUAACCUGGCUGCAGUCGCUCCUGCAUUCAACAACAAUCACGGAAAUACCAAUACGUCAGCGACGACGCACCACGACCAGCACAAUAGCGGCGCCAGUAACGGUACGAACGCGAAUGGCAGCGCCGGCAACAACAACGGAUCGUCGGACGAGGACGACGAGCUGGACGAGUCGGACGAACCACCUGCAACGGCGGCGGAGGCCGUGACGCACGGAGAGAAGUUUCUCCGGUGGCUGGAAUGCUGCUCUGAUCCUAGCAUCACAGCUAUGCAGAUUCUUCAGUUUCGCUACUUGCUCAACAAUGUGCGGGCGUGCGCCGAUCGACGUGCGAGACAGACAAAAACGAAAAAAGCGCGCUCCAGGAGAAAGUAAGUGGUACGCAGCUCGUUUUUACCGCGGUGUUGUGACGUUAAUUCGAGGGAGCAACAAAUGGAUUAUGCUCCCUUACGUGGGAAGGAACUGUAGUGAAGCUUUACCUGUUUUGUUGUUGAUAUUCGGUGCAGCAGUUGUACUGUAUGUAAUCAACGUCGGUCGUGUUCUUCAGGGUGUAGACUUUUCACUCCUCGACAGUUUGAAUGUUUCUUGACAUUGCGUAAUAUUAAUUUAAGGAACGCUAUCGCUUUGGACAUGAUUUUAUUAAUGCUUUCUAGGAGAAGGCUGUUACAUUUGUUUUGUAGCGUUGGGUACAACGUGCAUAUAAAAACCGGCAGUUCAGUAGUCAGUUUUUGACUAACGAUAUCGCUGUUUUGUAGCGCUUUCACAGAUAUGUUCCUGUAAAAUUUCUGACAGUUCCUGCGCACUGAGGCGCCGGCCACUUGCGCCACUACUCUUCACGUAAACACAAGUGUGACGAAGUUGAAACGUUUUUUACUGUUUUUAUUCUUGUCGUUGAAACGUUUCGUAUAUAGCCUUAAUGAUUUACUAAACUAUCCACAGGUUAAAAUCCUCCAGAAAAUGAGUUACUAAUAGCGAUGCUGUCAUACGAAGGCCCAGGCACCACUAAAGGUACUGUUACUGCGCGGGUUUAAAUUUGCUGCAAUUUUGUGUUGAUAUUGACAUUUAGCAAUAAGUGUUCAACUUACAAUUCUGUUAUAAAUUUGUGUUAAUCGCUUUAGUUGUCACAGAAAACCAGGCAGUUGAAAUAUUAUUGCCCCUUAACUGUUUCCAUACAGUAACUGACAUGCCAAAGUAUAUUUUGUUUAGUGGGACGUUAAAACUGAUUUGCGGGAUGUUACUAGAAUGUCUUUAGGCUGUGUAACCAGUUCUGUAUUUUGGUUUAUGAAUUUAUAUAAAAUUUUAUGUUGAAUAUACAGUGAGCAAAACCAUAUUACUGUAUUUCUGGGUGCACACACACACACAUACACACACACACACACACACACACACACACA